AUCAUUCAACUUCUCUACUCUACUAGAGCAAAAACAAACUAAAAAGCUAUCGUUAUUAUCUUCAAUGGCGGAGAAUAAUGUAAAUCUUUCGAUUAAUGGACAAUCAAAAGUGCCUCCAGGUUUCAGAUUCCAUCCAACAGAAGAAGAACUUCUCCAUUACUAUCUCCGCAAGAAAGUUCACUCUCAAAAGAUCGAUCUUGAUGUCAUUCGUGAAGUAGAUCUCAACAAGCUUGAGCCUUGGGAUAUUCAAGCAAAUGCAGAGGAAUGUAGAAUCGGGUUGACGCCACAGAACGAUUGGUACUUCUUCAGUCAUAAGGAUAAGAAAUAUCCAACCGGGACUAGAACAAACCGGGCAACAGUCGCUGGAUUCUGGAAAGCUACUGGACGUGAUAAGAUCAUCUAUAGUUGUGUCCGGAGAAUUGGAUUGAGAAAGACGCUAGUGUUCUAUAAAGGAAGAGCUCCUCAUGGUGAAAAAUCUGAAUGGAUCAUGCAUGAGUAUCGCCUCGACGAUACUCCAACAAGUAAUGGAACCGGAAGUGGCGACAUCGAUGGAGCCGCGUCGGAAUGGACUGAGUUACGAACCGUACUUGUUGGGAUGCAGACGGAAAACACCGCUUCUAUCCAGCAAUUAGGUGACACGGUGAGCACGCUAGCAGCUCGCAUUGAAGCUUUAACAACCACUUUAACCGCUCAUUUGGAUCCGCAGGCCCAACCAGUCGCGCAAAGCCAACCUCACCAUCUGCUUCACCUUCCACCACCACCUCACCACCGUCCACCUCGCGACCAACACCAACUCCAUCCACCACAACAACACCAUCCUCGAGCUCCACCGCAGCACCAACAACAACAACACCCGCACCAACGACAUAAUGUUCAGGCAGAGGACGAAGAUGACCUCCACCGGCGAGUAUAUUUUGAGGAUCUCAAUCAACGACACAACUAUGAUGACCGCUGGGAAAAGAUCUUUCGGGUUGAUAUCCCAGAGUUUCACGGAGGUCUCCGUGGCGACGAACUUAUCGAUUGGCUGGUACCGGUAGAAGAAAUCAUGGAGUUUAAGCAGGUACCAUUCGCCCGUUGUGUACCUCUAGUAGCAAUGCGUUUUCGGGCCCAUGCGGCAACUUGGUGGAAACAACUCAAGACGACUAGAUCACGUACAGGCAAGACACCAAUUAACUCGUGGGAUAAGUUAACAAAGCACCUACGUCAAACGUUUCUACCGCACAAUUACGAGCGAACUAUGUAUACGAAGCUUCAAAAUUUGCGGCAAGGAAACCGUACUGUAGACGAGUACGCGGAGGAAUUUGCUUUGUUAUUGACUAGUAACGAGAUUAAUGACAGCCAAAUUCAGCUUGUUUCUCGUUUCAUUGGAGGCCUACGUCAACAACUUCAAAAUUCAAUGGCUCAGUUCGAUCCAACUACAGUAGGUGAAGCACACCGACGCGCAGCUUCGUUUGAGCAGCAGUCUCGUUCAUCUAAUUGGUCUCAAUCUUCUACUCGGGGUCGCUCUCAAGAUCAACCAGGUAGUAGCACACCGGCAACAACACCAAAGGAGGCGGGCGACACCACAAAUCCGGGAACGAAACCACCGAUACAAGAUGAACAACAACUCCGACGAUCAGCGCGUCUCAAUGCUAUUAAAUGUUACGCUUGUGGAGAAACAGGUCACAGACAGUCAGCAUGA